GCGUGUGAGUGAGAUGGAGACGGAAUAUGCUGAAUUAGUUGGUGAAGGCGUAGUUGAUGAGAGGGAAGCGGAGGCGUCAGCGGAGGCGGUGGUGGCAGCUGAAGCAGAAGCUGAAGCUGAGGUGGAACUGGAAGUGGAAGCUGAGUCGGCUGUGCAAGUGUCAGGUGAAUCAUUGGGGCAAGUUGAAUGGGAAGCAGAAAGUGAAGCGGCUGCACACGUUCAGUGGGAAGGUGUGUCUGUCAUCGCGCCAGUGGGAUCGGAGUCUGAGGCGAUUUCAGAGACUGCAGGGGAAGGCGAAUCUGAGCGAUUGGCUGAGAGUGUGAGUGAGAUGGAGACGGAAUAUGCUGAAUUAGUUGGUGAAGGCGUAGUUGAUGAGAGGGAAGCGGAGGCGUCAGCGGAGGCGGUGGUGGCAGCUGAAGCAGAAGCUGAAGCUGAGGUGGAACUGGAAGUGGAAGCUGAGUCGGCUGUGCAAGUGUCAGGUGAAUCAUUGGGGCAAGUUGAAUGGGAAGCAGAAAGUGAAGCGGCUGCACACGUUCAGUGGGAAGGUGUGUCUGUCAUCGCGCCAGUGGGAUCGGAGUCUGAGGCGAUUUCAGAGACUGCAGGGGAAGGCGAAUCUGAGCGAUUGGCUGAGCGUGUGAGUGAGAUGGAGACGGAAUAUGCUGAAUUAGUUGGUGAAGGCGUAGUUGAUGAGAGGAAAGCGGAGGCGUCAGCGGAGGCGGUGGUGGCAGCUGAAGCAGAAGCUGAAGCUGAGGUGGAACUGGAAGUGGAAGCUGAGUCGGCUGUGCAAGUGUCAGGUGAAUCAUUGGGGCAAGUUGAAUGGGAAGCAGAAAGUGAAGCGGCUGCACACGUUCAGUGGGAAGGUGUGUCUGUCAUCGCGCCAGUGGGAUCGGAGUCUGAGGCGAUUUCAGAGACUGCAGGGGAAGGCGAAUCUGAGCGAUUGGCUGAGCGUGUGUGUGAGAUGGAGACGGAAUAUGCUGAAUUAGUUGGUGAAGGCGUAGUUGAUGAGAGGGAAGCGGAGGCGUCAGCGGAGGCGGUGGUGGCAGCUGAAGCAGAAGCUGAAGCUGAGGUGGAACUGGAAGUGGAAGCUGAGUCGGCUGUGCAAGUGUCAGGUGAAUCAUUGGGGCAAGUUGAAUGGGAAGCAGAAAGUGAAGCGGCUGCACACGUUCAGUGGGAAGGUGUGUCUGUCAUCGCGCCAGUGGGAUCGGAGUCUGAGGCGAUUUCAGAGACUGCAGGGGAAGGCGAAUCUGAGCGAUUGGCUGAGAGUGUGAGUGAGAUGGAGACGGAAUAUGCUGAAUUAGUUGGUGAAGGCGUAGUUGAUGAGAGGGAAGCGGAGGCGUCAGCGGAGGCGGUGGUGGCAGCUGAAGCAGAAGCUGAAGCUGAGGUGGAACUGGAAGUGGAAGCUGAGUCGGCUGUGCAAGUGUCAGGUGAAUCAUUGGGGCAAGUUGAAUGGGAAGCAGAAAGUGAAGCGGCUGCACACGUUCAGUGGGAAGGUGUGUCUGUCAUCGCGCCAGUGGGAUCGGAGUCUGAGGCGAUUUCAGAGACUGCAGGGGAAGGCGAAUCUGAGCGAUUGGCUGAGCGUGUGAGUGAGAUGGAGACGGAAUAUGCUGAAUUAGUUGGUGAAGGCGUAGUUGAUGAGAGGGAAGCGGAGGUGUCAGCGGAGGCGGUGGUGGCAGCUGAAGCAGAAGCUGAAGCUGAGGUGGAACUGGAAGUGGAAGCUGAGUCGGCUGUGCAAGUGUCAGGUGAAUCAUUGGGGCAAGUUGAAUGGGAAGCAGAAAGUGAAGCGGCUGCACACGUUCAGUGGGAAGGUGUGUCUGUCAUCGCGCCAGUGGGAUCGGAGUCUGAGGCGAUUUCAGAGACUGCAGGGGAAGGCGAAUCUGAGCGAUUGGCUGAGCGUGUGAGUGAGAUGGAGACGGAAUAUGCUGAAUUAGUUGGUGAAGGCGUAGUUGAUGAGAGGGAAGCGGAGGCGUCAGCGGAGGCGGUGGUGGCAGCUGAAGCAGAAGCUGAAGCUGAGGUGGAACUGGAAGUGGAAGCUGAGUCGGCUGUGCAAGUGUCAGGUGAAUCAUUGGGGCAAGUUGAAUGGGAAGCAGAAAGUGAAGCGGCUGCACACGUUCAGUGGGAAGGUGUGUCUGUCAUCGCGCCAGUGGGAUCGGAGUCUGAGGCGAUUUCAGAGACUGCAGGGGAAGGCGAAUCUGAGCGAUUGGCUGAGCGUGUGAGUGAGAUGGAGACGGAAUAUGCUGAAUUAGUUGGUGAAGGCCUAGUUGAGUUGGUAUACUCGGAAUCUGAAUUUCCUCGGGAAGCAUCUUCUUCCGCGUAUUCGGAAUUUGCAUUGCAAUAUCCUCCUGAUUCUUCAUGUUUUCCUCCCUGUCUUUCUGCUUUCGAUGAGCUUCUGUUAACUGAUUCGAAUUGUGAUAUUUUUUCUGAAGCUCCUGCUAAUUUUCCCAAUACGCUCGCUGGUGAUGUAUUCAUUUCUCAAGCGUUGCCGCCUUCCUUUGUUGGUUGUUCUUCUGUAGUGGAAUCGCCGGAUGUUUCUUCUGCUUUUGUUGAUUUUGAACUUUGUUCUGCUUCAUCAUCUUGUAUAUCUGUUCAUAACGGUUUGUCUGAGUUUUCGAAGUUUGAUUUGCAAUCUGCUCCAUCUUUAGAUUUGAAUGAUUCUGCUAGUCCACCUUGCGCUUUGCUCCUAGGUCUUAGUAGUUACCUGAAACCUGAAAAUGGCUGUGUUUUGGAUUCACCUGAUAUGUGUAGAGAAGAUGCUAUUUAUCCCGCUGAAUCCUCUGAAAUUCCUGAAAAUCUUGAUACGUUAAAUUAUCGGGAUGAUUCUCCUACAGACGUUAAAACUGAAAUUUCUACGGUGAAGGAGAUGUUUUUUGAGACUUCUUCUAUCCUGCUACCAGAAGCAUCUGUUCUUGGUGUUACUGGAUAUGAACGUAUUUCGCCUGACGAACUUGGGACAUCAAACAUAGUUCCACCCAUAUUAACCGCAAAUGCAACAUUAUCAACGCUUUCAGAAGUCAGUGGAUGUCCAGCUGAGUCCUUUUCCGAUGAACAUCUGUCAUUAUCUAACAAUGAAAUGACUACGUAUUUUGAUGGCUCUACUCCGGAGAAGCUGACAGACUUUUCAUCCGUUGCAUCUUUCCGCCUACCUGAUUAUUGUGAUGAGAAAUUUAAAGUUAGGCCAAUAUCUAAGGAAACCGCUGUUUAUGAUAAAAUUUCUCCUUCUGUUAUUGAGGCGUCUGGCUCAAGUUUUCCUCGUGAUUCUGCUCACGCUGUAACGAACUUAGAAAUGGAUAGUUUAGAAAAAUCUGUUUCUUCUGGAAAAUCUGAUUUAACAUAUCUUGCUGCUGCCUCAGGUGCUAAUGUAGCUGUAGAGUUUACAGAAGAAGAGGAAGAAGACGAGGAACCUCCUGAAGCACAUGCUUCCACAGUGAAAGUGCCUGAACAUGGUGAUGCUAGUCAACUAGUUCACUCUGCCUUAGAUAGAUCUGUUAGGGUGCUAAAUCGUCUGCAAACGUAUGGAUUUCGAGGUAGCAUUUCGCCUACAAGUUUUUAUAGUAACCAACCAAACUGGCAUUCGUCCGACACUAAAAUAACAUCUCCAUAUAAAGAAAGUAAUGAAGAAAAUGUAAAAGUUCUCUCUCAGAUACAAAGUGAUUAUCCGAGUACUUCUUCAACAAACACCGAAGUACAUAAGAUGGAAGAGUUUGGCCGUGAUGAACUUGAUGACUUUGAUGGUGACAGUCUUGAAGGCUUCUGUAUUCCAUUCGAACUGGAUAGUACAGGUGAUGAUGCAAGAAAAAUUCACACUGAUGAGCCGAAAUGCGAACGUACUGGGCUAUCUCCAAUACCUGAAACAGUCAUCGGAGAUCAGUUCUCCAACUCUGACAAGGAAUUAAAGGCUGAUUUAGAAGAUCAGCAGGACUAUCUCUCGAAAAAGGACGUACUUAGACACCAAUACGCAAUUCCUGACUUUACGGGAUCCUGUCGCUCCAUUAGUUCUAUAAGUAAUACCCUAUUCAGUUCUGAACAAGAUUUGCAGGGAAGUUCAACUCCAGAUGAAUCAAGUAAGGAAAGCCAAUCUACAAUCGUUAAUAUCGGUAUGCUGAAAAGGUCACCAGUAAUUUCUCAUUUUUUAGGAAAAAGAGAGGAAACAAGUGACCAACGGGAAAAAGAGAAUUUAGAUGCAUACGAAUGUGACAAUACGCAACUGCUUGAAUCUAGAACUACCUUAGCUUCCGUUGAAAGUGACCUCAACUUCGUCGAUAAUGAAACAAAAUUGGCAUGUGAUAAUACAACAUUAGAGUAUUCACCUAGUAACCUUAGAAAAAGAUCAGUUAACUCCUUAUCUAAUCUUUUAGGGUCGGAAACUAAGAUAAGAAAGGCGGAUUCGAAAACAUCUACAAAUUUUAGUAGCAUUUCAGUAUCGCAACCUAUUUAUACAACUGGAAAAAAAAUAAGUGCUGCGCAAAAUGAGUUCCAGAGGUCCAUGGAAGGACAUGCGACCAGUUUUCCACAACUUUCUCAAGAACACAAAAUAUAUACAGUUACAGAUUCAUCUAAGUUGAAAGAUAUAAAUGUUUCUAAUGUCCAGUCUAAUUUCUCAGCACCGGUUAUUGAUGAAACAAAGAAAUCAAAAACAAGCAGUGAUAAUAUCGCCAGCAGUUCAUUGUCCGAAUUUGAACGGUUAGAAAAGGAAUUAGGUACAAGCGACUCUACCUCUCCUAGUAGUGGUCAUAAAGGCAGUGGUGAAGAUAUCAGUUCUCAUACAUCUUCACUUUCUGAGUAUCUGAGGCAUGAAAAGGAAUGUGAGAAUUGUGAAGAUAACUUCGUAUUACCAUCAGAUUCAAUAAUUAAGUCAAGAUUAAAUGAAAUGAUGGAUUUAAACACUAAAGUGAAAGCAGAAGUGUUACCUACAAGUUUAAUAGCUCCAAGCUAUGGACAGAUAUCAACCAUUUAUGAAGAUCUUGCAGAACACCACACAAGUUCACUAUCACAAAGCAUAGAAUCACCCACAACUUCACAUUAUUCAACCAAAGAGGAUAACCAAACUUCAUUUAUGAACUUAUGUCAAAAAGAUGAAAACAAAUCACAUACAAUAUGUUCUGAUGCUGUAGUUUCAGUUAUUCAUUCAAGAAUGUCCAGUGAUCGUUUAGACGUUGAGAAAAUUGCUGAAAGUUUAACUUCCAGUUCAGAAAUCGAAAUUUUGAUAGACAGAGCAGAUGACCAAAUGAGUGGAUUGCUAGAAGCCGACUCAUUAAUUUAUUCUUCAAUCUACGAUUCUUUAAUACCUUCUGGUUAUGAAAACAGUAUUUUUGAGGUAAAAAAUGCGAUGUUUGGAACAGAUUAUGAUUGGAGAGACCCGUUAUUACGUGGAAGAGACUCAUUAGAAGAGAGUGAGCAUGGACAAAUUAAUAAAGUGACAGAUUCCCUCUGUACCACAUCAUCAUCAGCUUUUUCAAACCAGAUGAGUACAAAUGGAACAGAGCAAUCAGAAAAUGAUGAUCAAGGCAUAACAGAGUUUGAUUCUGCACACAUUGAUAUCUUACAUCAACAAUAUUUCGAAACUAUUGACGAAAAAGAACUUUGUAAUCUACCUUUAGAUGAAACAUCUCUUGCUGAAAAUGUGACUUCAACAACUCCCUUAGAACUACCUGAGUCAAUACGCCCUAUUGGGCAAAAGGAUUCCAGUGAACCAGUGUCCCGAGUUGCGAAGGAUGAAAUGCCUAGUGCGCUCACUUCUGUAAAUAUAAUGACUGACUCAUUAGAUGAUGGCAAUAAAGCAAUAGAUCGAAUAAAUGUCACACUUUCUCCAACUUUAUAUUCAGUACCACCUGCAUACAGCAUUUUCGAAGUGUCUUCACAUCCAACAAUUACAACACAAAGUAGAUAUGAUUUGAAACCUAACUUAUUAGUCCACGAACCUAAAACAAAUAUAUCUUCACCAGUAGUAAUAACCCCUGAAGCUGAACAUUUUUCGGUUGUAGGUGAAGUCAGGGCACCUAACACAUCUAAGGUAUUUGCUCCGUCAUCAGUCAACGACUCUAAGAUGGGUUCGAAUCAUGAAACAAGCAUAUUUGAUAUCUCUGAAGAUGAAGUUGUUGUAGAAAAUAAACGCGUCUGUGAUAUAAAAAGACAACCAAUGAGCAAACGUCUUCAACAAGACAACACCAUAAAAGAAAACGUUUCAAUGGUUAUUCAAGAACAAGAAGCAAAAGAGGGUGUAAAAUCAGAGAAAUCGCAGGUGCAUGCAAAGCUCUUGAAUGAAGAAUUGACAGGAUCGCCAGCAAAUGAAGCUCCCGCAGAUUCAGAAUAUGUAAUAAUAGAUAUAAUGGAUGCAAAAGGUGACUCAGAACAGACUACCUAAUUCAAGAAGAAUAAAGUAUGAUAAUCAGUUUUGUGUAAGUUAGCUUGUAAGGCUAACUUAUGCAUGCACACACAUUUGAAUGUGGCUGUAUCUCUCGUUCACUUUGUGUCAACGUGAAACAUUCCAAAAUUUGCUAUUUGCAUUUCAGCUUUUGAAAUUAGAUUCGUGGGGUAUUCAUUUUCCUAACUUAUAUCUGUUAUUUAUUACUCUUGCCGAGAUUAUUGUGGCACAAGUUUUUUUCAUCUAAACUCAUCAUUAUUCAGACAUUACUCUCAUUAAUCAACUACUAAGAGCUCAUCGGAGUUUUUAAAAAGAAACAUAGAAAUUCCUGAACUUUGUUUCCUUUUAUCAGUAUCCUACAUUAACACAAAUAUACACACAGGCAGAUACACACACAAAUCCUUUAAUGAUCCACUGGAGUUUGCAAGGUGAAACUUCAUCUGUAAUUUCAUAAACUGGACUGAUCGUUCUGGAUGACACUGGUGUUCAAUUCUCAAAGACCUAUCAUUCUUCAAGCGUGAUGAAGACGUAAGGUAUUUAUUUUCAAAUUAUUAUUGUCAUUAAUAAAGUUAUUUACCCAAUUUCAUCU